UGGAGAUAUAGGUAUUCUUACUCAAAGUUGAAGGACAAUCUACUACACACAAGAUAAUUUGAUGGCGCUCCGUAUUUCGUGCAUCCUACUUCUGUUGCAAGGAGUCGACUCCAAGAACUUCUACAGCGUUCGGCUGCCGAACAUGAACGAUUAUAUUCCUCCGACCGAUCACGUCAAAGCUUUCUCAAUGGAGGAGUGCGCAGUCCACUGCAUUAAUGACGUCACUUGCGCGUCAUACUCUCACAGCGACCAGAAAGAAAGGUGUUACCUGUCGCCAUUCGUGUUCACUUCGGAAUACAAAGACGUGAUCCAGCAGGCCACCGGUCAUGGAUACCGUAACUUCAUCCUCAACGAAUUUCAUGGGAUCCAGCUACUUCAAACUGGCUUCAGAAUUCACGAAUCUGAGUCAUUUGCUGUGAGGUACCAGUACUUCCGGCCUGUAAACAAACUGAACGCUCUGCAUACCUGUAUAAAGUAUGGUGGCACUCUGGCAGUGUUGGACACCUUACAGAAAUGGAAGGCCGUGCAAAUGGACAUUAAAGGAAACAAAGAUCUGACGGCAAGACACGUGUCUACAGACGUCAAAGUGAACGUUACGUCACGCCAUGUGUUCUUGAAGGGGAUCGCUUUGGAGGUGGUGGCGUUAUAA